GGGGGAGGGGCGGGGCCCGGCCGGCCGAGGGGCGGGGCCUCGGGCCAGGGGGCGGGGCGCGCGGGAGGGGGCGCCGGGCUAACUGCGCGCGACUCCCGUCCCCGCCCUCGGUAAAUCUCUUUCCCUGAAAGCUCACUGGGCGCCGCCGGGAAGGUGGGUGUGGCGAGAGGACGUGACGGCAGCGGCAGCCAAUGAAAGCGAAGCAAGGACUCCCCUCCGCGAGGGUCAGCCAAUGAAAAGAUGAGUAAGUGUCUUCUGUGGACCACAAGGAAUCGUGCCCGUGAGAAGCCAGCAUGGAAAUGUCCCCGUGUCCCCUGCUGCGGGUGCACCACUGGAUGCCUGCGGACUGCGGAAGGGGCAGCCAGCACUGGUCAGAAGACAGAGGCUUGCGCCCACGUCAAGGGACCCGCAGCCGAAAACUUUCUAGUGAUGUGGGAUUUGUGAAGACUGCACGAAGUCUGCCAAGCUGCCCAGGAUUUAAAAAAAAAAAAAAAAAAAAGCUGGUUUAAAAUCUUCUCUGAGACCGGAGAGCAUGAUGGCCACAUCGCCACCACAGUGCCCGUUAGGCAGAAGACAGGGUGAUUGGCAGCAUGGAAUUUGAAGACAGAGGAUAAGACUCAGGAACAGUCCAAAGGAGGAGAUGCAUAGACAAGAUGUGGGGGGAACAUCUUGAAGACAGUUGCAUUGGGUCAGAUGUUGUCCUUGUGUAUAUGCGGGACGGCCAUUACCAGCCAGUACCUGGCAGAAAGAUACAGAGUGAACACGCCCAUGCUUCAGAGCUUUAUCAACUAUUGCCUGCUGCUUCUUUUUUAUACGGUGAUGCUGGCAUUCCAAUCAGGUAGUGAUAACCUUCUGCACAUCUUGAAGAGAAAAUGGUGGAAGUACGUCCUGCUUGGACUAGCGGACGUGGAAGCCAAUUACCUGAUUGUCAGAGCGUACCAGUAUACGACUCUAACCAGUGUCCAGCUUUUGGACUGCUUUGGGAUUCCUGUGUUGAUGGCGCUCUCGUGGUUUGUUCUCUAUGCAAGAUACAGAGUGAUCCACUUGAUUGCUGUAGCUGUCUGUCUGCUGGGCGUGGGGACGAUGGUCGGUGCCGACAUACUCGCAGGGAGAGAAGACAAUUCAGGUAGUGACGUGCUGAUUGGCGACAUCUUGGUCCUUCUCGGAGCUUCUCUCUAUGCUGUUUCUAACGUGUGUGAAGAGUAUAUCGUGAAGAGGCUGAGCAGGCAGGAGUUUUUAGGAAUGGUGGGCCUAUUCGGAACCAUCAUCAGCGGCAUACAGCUAUCGAUCGUUGAAUGUAAGGAUAUUGCCAGCAUUCAGUGGGACUGGAAAAUCGCCCUGCUGUUUGUGGCGUUUGCCCUCUGUAUGUUUUGCCUGUACAGCUUUAUGCCGCUGGUGAUUCAGGUCACUAGUGCCACUUCUGUGAACUUGGGCAUCCUGACAGCCGACCUCUACAGUCUUUUCUUUGGACUCUUUCUGUUUGGCUAUAAGCUGUGUGUUGAGGACCAUGCUGAGUAUUGGAUCCCAGAACUAAAGCCAGGUUCUGCUGUUCAGCUUGACAUCAACACUGACUUUGCCUCAUUGUCAUUGACUUUGAAGGCUUCCGCACUUUGCGGAGGGCUGUGGCUGUUCCAUUCCUUAGAGAGUUCUAAAGGCUCAAGGGGAAGAAGUAAUCGAGAGCCUUUAAAAAAUUCACGUGUGGAAACCAAUGGUGACUGGCAGAAGCCCACUGCUGGAGGUGAGCAGCAAUGCUCUUAACGCUCAUUUCACACCCCUGGUUAGUUCCUCCUUCCCCCUUUGGGAGUGUAUCUAGAUUCUUCUUUCUCCUCAUCUCCUUUCCCAACCUGUUGUGUUUUCUGAUUGUUUUUCUUUGUCACCCCCUCAUUAGAACUCUUUUUAGACAUUAGAACUCUUUGGGGUACACUAUGAAAUCUCGGCUACUUUAAAAAUAUUUAUUGGCUUGAACAAAUAGCACACCCCAUUCUUAACUUUAAAAUCAGGUUAGCAGGACCAGUCAUAAGUUGAGUUCGCUUGUUGCCAGGGAAAAAAAUGGUCCUAGGCACUUAAUUACACAUUAAUCGUGCUGCCUGGUUUCCCUAAGUUUUACUGCACCAUCCUUGGUCAGUCUUCAGCUUUUCUCUUUCUGUGUUUUAUCUUUGGUGCUGUUAAAAACAAGUGUUAAUUUCCUUAAUACUUGACGUUUUGUAUGGAUCCUCAACUCCAAUAAGAGCGAAUAUACAGAGUGCAUAUUUAUUUAAACUUUGGGGGUAUGUCAGGCCGUUUUUGGUAAGAAUACACGGUAAAUUAGUGUUGUGUCUUCACUGCAUUUUGCUCUGGGUAGUUGUUUUCCUAAACAGAGAGGGGCAGGUUGGAGAAAGCCACCAGGAACUCCAUGUCUCGGUGGUGUGUCUGUCAGAGCGGGUUCUUGCUGUAAUCAGUCCUUCUGGGAGCAGAGAGGGUAUGGGAUUCCUCCUGUAGGGGCUCCCUUCCCUGUGCAGGUGACAAGA